AAGGCAUACUGUACAGCUCAUGCAUUUUUACAACGGGGGUUAUUUCGAGGAUUUUUUUUUUGUCUUCCGAGCAGGCAAUGAAGAAAAAAAGCGCCGAGCAGUUUAAAAAAAAGGGGAGGGAUUGGAAAGAGAAAGUGAGGGGGUGAGAUUGUUCGCUCUUCUGUCUCACCUACCCCGGGAAGGCAAGAGCUUGGUGGAAGAGAGAUGGUUGCGUUCUGUCUGAUUCACAGACAGCGGCGACACAUUGCACGCUUGUAUUGUAUUGGAGAAAUCACGGGAUACUCUGGCUGGUCAUUGACGAGGAGGUGAACGGAUCACCGGAUUGCAAAUCUCGAUUCCUUCCAUUAGCACUUGUUACAAUGGUGAAACCGGAUCGUUUAUAAAGAGGCAAUCUGGCGGAUCCACCGUCCUGUAGUACAAGAACAUGCUUAUGCACCAAUAUAUCAAGGAAUUUCUCUGACAGAUCGUCUCUGAAUUAACUAUAGACACUGAAAGAAUUGAACUGUCACCCAGAUCUAGCACAUGACAGCGUUGUUGGCCUUCAGUUAUUGAGGACCUUUGUAAUUAGGAACAUUUCUCAAAAGGUGCUUUUUGUGCCCCUUGCUCUGCCCAGUGCUCCCCUCCAUUGCCAGAAACACUGUCCUUCACAGCCAUCUGUCCUUCUCCCCAAACCUACUGAGAGGCCUAUCGAAUCAUGCCAGAGAGGCUGAGAAAGAUGAUGACGGAUAUGAAGGCAGGCUUGGUGCUGGUGUGGAUUAGUGUGCUCCCUCUGGUGCAGCCCAUCCCAAUGGAUGCUCCGCAGAACCUCCAGGAAAGGGAUGUGCUAACACUCAAUGGGUUGAACGUUGAUGCAGCUGCCCUCAGCCGUGCAAAGAGAGGCUGGGUCUGGAAUCAAAUGUUUGUGCUGGAAGAAUUUUCAGGGCCUGAACCUAUUCUUGUUGGACGGUUGCACACAGAUCUUGACCCAGCAAACCGGAAUAUCAAAUACAUCCUGUCGGGAGAGGGAGCCGGGACAAUCUUCAUGAUCAAUGACAUGACGGGGGACAUCCAUGCCAUGAAGAGGCUUGACCGUGAGGAGAAGGCCGAGUACACGCUCACCGCGCAGGCCAUCGAUCGAGAGACCAACGACCCACUGGAGCCCCCGUCAGAAUUCAUCAUCAAGGUUCAGGAUAUCAAUGACAACGCGCCAGAGUUCCCGGAUGAGCCUUACCACGCAUCCGUGCCAGAGAUGUCUCCCGUGGGCACUUCUGUCAUGGGGAUAACAGCCACCGAUGCCGAUGACCCUGUCUAUGGGAACAGUGCUAAACUGGUCUACAGCAUUCUGGAGGGGCAGCCGUAUUUUUCUAUUGAGCCGCACACCGGAGUAAUAAGGACUGCCCUUUCGAACAUGGACCGAGAAGCCAGGGAAGAGUACCUUGUGGUGAUACAAGCAAAGGAUAUGGGAGGCCACAUGGGAGGACUGUCUGGGACCACAACUGUUACCAUCACACUGACUGAUGUUAAUGACAACCCCCCCAAGUUUACCCAGAGUCUCUACUAUCUGUCCGUGCUAGAGAACAUGCCGGUUGGAGAGGUCGCCGGAAGAGUCAAGGCAAAUGAUCGGGAUGUGGGACAGAAUGCCAGGUCUUUGUACGAGAUCAUCGAUGGAGAUGGCUUGGAUGUGUUUGAAAUCACCACAGACUCCCAGACCCAGGAGGGAAUUAUCACUCUUAAAAAACCUCUGGACUUUGAGACCAAACGAUCAUACACCCUGAAAGUGGAGGCAGGGAAUACCCACAUCGACCCACACUUCAUCAGCAAAGGACCCUUCAAAGACACUGCAGCCGUGAAGAUCACUGUAGAAGAUGCAGAUGAGCCUCCCAUAUUCUCGUCACCAGCCUAUUUCUUGGAAGUGAGGGAGGACACUGCCCUGGGCUCAGUCAUCGGAGAGGUUCAGGCUCGUGAUCCUGAUGUCAUUGAGAGCUCUAUAAGGUAUUCCAUUGAUCGACACACCGACCUUGAGAGACUGUUCAACAUUAAUACGGAUGAUGGAAAAAUAACAUUGGCAAAGCCUCUAGACAGAGAGACUGAUGUUUGGCACAAUAUCAGCAUAAUCGCCAUGGAAACUCGGAAUCAUAGCCAAGUGACCCGGAUGCUUGUAGCCAUUAAAGUUCUUGACGUCAAUGAUAAUGCUCCUGAACUCUCCUCGCAAUCAGAAGCUUACUUGUGCGAGAAUGGAAAGUCCGGCCAGGUGAUUCAGACGGUCAGUGCAACAGACAGAGAUGACCCAAAGACUGGACAGUAUUUUUUCUACAGCCUGGCGCCUGAGGUUUCCAGGAACCCAAACUUCACGAUCAAGAACAAUGCAGAUAACUCAGUAAGCAUACUGGCAAGGCAUGGUGCAUUCAACCGACAGAAACAGGAUGUUUACCUUCUGCCCCUCAUCAUCUCGGACAGCGGGACACCCCCCAUGAGCAGCACCAACACGCUCACCAUCCGCGUUUGUGGCUGCAGUGCCGACGGAAACGUACAGUCCUGUAAUGUGGAAGCUUUUGUCCUUCCCAUAGGGCUAAGCAUGGGGGCUCUCAUCGCAAUCCUGGCAUGCAUUAUCCUCCUUCUGGUGAUUGUGGUACUCUUUGUAACAUUACGAAGGCACAAGAAUGAACCACUUAUUAUUAAAGAUGACGAAGACGUGAGAGAGAACAUCAUUCGUUAUGAUGAUGAAGGCGGUGGGGAGGAGGAUACCGAAGCCUUUGACAUCGCCACCUUGCAAAACCCUGAUGGUUUCAAUGGGUUCCUGCCCCGGAAGGACAUCAAACCUGACCUACAGUACGUACCCAGGCAGGGACUCCCGCCUGUCCCCAACGGAGUCGACGUGGAUGAAUUUAUUAACGUGAGGCUCCACGACGCCGACAUUGAUCCCACUGCCCCUCCUUAUGAUUCCAUCCAGAUCUAUGGCUACGAAGGGAGAGGGUCAGCAGCUGGUUCACUAAGCUCAUUAGAAACGACGUCAACAGAUUCAGAGCAAAACUUUGACUACCUCAAGGAUUGGGGCCCAAGGUUUAAAAAACUCGGGGAUAUGUACGCAGUCGGAGAGAGCGACAGAGAAACUUGACUCCAACUUAAAAAUUAGCAGUUACCCAAUAUUUUAAUGGACACUGAUGUAUAAUUAUAGGGUUGCCAAUUAUUAACAAUGGGAUAAGCUGGUCAGCCUUUUAGAUGCAGUCAACAUUAGUUCUUUUCAUCUUUCGAAGUCCAGCUCAUUGUAAUAUUGAACCAAAAAAAAUUUGCAGAUUGUAUGAGUGUUUUACUCUUGUGGAGUGUGGAUUAUGUGGAUUGUUUGGGCAGGAUUUGGUUUCCUAGUUCUUGUGUAGACUAUCGUUCAACUGGAAGAGACCUUAGGAUCUUACAGUGCUUCCUACAUUGUCCCUCAGACCAUGGCUUUUCUCCAAUUGCAGGCCAAGAUCUCGCCAAGCCAAAGUGAAGCAAUAUCAAUGUCUUUGUCAUGGAACUGGUGAUAGUAACCAAAGGAAAUGAAGGGGAAAGCUGCAAACAGAACUUCAUAAAGCUUUGAAACCAAUUCCAGCUCCUUCUCCUUACAGUAAUAUUAGCUGAGGUGUAAUCGAGUGUUUCUCUGUGAGUGGUGGUCACACAAGUAGACACGGUGCACUCCUUCCAGAGUGCUCUUAGGUUUCAUAAUAUGCUCAGUGGUCUGAGUCCAUUCCAGUCAAAAGAAGGUGGCAAAUGUGGGUGGUGAAGAGUUGGGGGUGGGGGUACAAAAAUACACUUUAAAAAUGAAAUCAUUUUUGGGAUAGUUUUAGAGGAAGAAAAACACACCAAGUCUAAGCAUCAGCAGCAUACCUAAAUGACAAUUUGAAGUAUAUGGCAAUAACCAUUCUAGGAUUGUACGAUACUUAUGUGCACAGGCCUGUUGACUCAUCCCAGCAAGCAACAUACAAGAACUGGAAUGGAACCAAGAUCAUGCGAAUAUUUGAUUUCCAAACCUUUAGAUACACGCUCAUUACACAGUACAGUACCAGUGUUAAACAUGUGCUUAUUGUGCUUCACUGUGUAAUUUGAAUUUAAACAAAAAAAAUAUGAAAGUGGUCUAAAAAUGCUUUUAUGUUAUGUAUAUAUACAUAGACUUACUGCUAACUUUUGUGGCUUUUUCUUUUUGGGAAAUGAACUUUGGCUAUGCACAAUAGCUUCAGCACACAAACUCACUGAAACAGCACUGAAAGCUAUGUGCAUUGCCAGUCUUUAAUGGGAAAUACCACAGCUCAGAGUAGAUAUUGUAUAUUACAAUAGUCUCACACACACAAAAAGGAGCCCCUUAUUAAUUUUCUACGUUGCUUUAAUGCUAUUUACUUGUACGUUUCAAUUAUUUUCCGCCAUGUAUUGUACAUCAGAGGAACCCCUGUAUUGUUUCCUACUUUGUGAAAUAUAUUUUUAUAAAUAUUGCAGGAUAUGUCUUCAUUUAUGUUGCCGAUAAAGCCUCUGAUAGUU